AUGCAAUCUCCGUCAGAUAUACGUGCCAUGAGAUUGGCAAAAUUAGAAGCAUUACGAAAGAAACAAAUGGAAGAACGUAAAGUAGAACUUGAAAACGACGACGCAACUAGUAAAGAUGUACAACAACAUCAAACAAUUGUCAACAAAACGGAGGGAGCAUUGCCAAAGGGAACAUACUCUACAGAUCAUAAAUGCUUACAAGGGGGUGAACAGAAGUCUGAAAAUGUGGGCAUAAGCUUAGAAAGAUGGAAAGCCAAUGAAUUAGGCAGAAUCUUCUCGGUUACACUAACACCAACGGACACUUCAACAUCCUCUUUAAUUUACUUAGAAUCGUUAAGAUCUGAAUUGGAAUCUGAUGAUCUUAUAGGUGUGGAUAGUCCAGAUACAAUCUUAACCACUUUGAUAUUCGAACUGGGUGUCAGACCUCAUUUUUCGUCACCUUUGCAAUAUCUAUUUAAAUCGUGGUCUACAGCUUACGACUCUAAGAGACUCUUGAAUAAACUGAAAACAGCAUCUUAUAGUGAAAAAGUCGAGUUUUACGAUGAAAUAUUAAGAUUGUGUUCUGGGUAUGCCUCCAUCCUCUUUUAUGAACCUGAUACCUUUAUCGAUCAGCCAACCUUGAUAGAUAUUACUAAUGAGCUCGUCCUUAAUUACAAUAGAUAUCAAGACUUUUGGGUAGCCUUAUUGAAUUCUAUCGUUGAUAAUCAAACACAAUUAGAGUUUUUGAACGAAAUUUUACCUAUUCUUACUGAUGAAAUAGAUAGAUCAUUGGAUACUGAAAGUCUCUCCACAUCGUCUAAGUACGAUACCAUUUUAGCCAUUAUCGAAGCACUAACGAUGAAUAAAAACAUAUGCGCAUAUAUCCAUCAAAUGGAUAUAUUCAAUCCUAAAUGUUUGAGUUCCAAGCAGAUUGAACUGUGUUCCUUCUUGGGUAAGAUAUUAAGAAUCUCUCCCUUGCUUCCAAAAAUUGCAGACUCAAAUUACGUUGGAGUUUUGAAUAAAAGCGAAAUCAAAACCAUUAAUAAAUCAUUGGAAUCUUCUUACUCCUUUUUACUGGACAGAUUGUUCAAUAUCAUCAACUCAUUAAUCAGAGUCAAUCCGGACUCUAGAAAACAAGUUUUGACAUUUAUGGCGGAUCUGGUCAAUAAGUCACAUUUGCGUGUAAGUGAGCAUGCAGAUGAUAAAGAUUUGGCAAGUGAUUCCUUAAUGCUAAAUGUAACCAUGAUAUUAGUUAAACUGUCAGAACCUAUAUUGAGAGAUGGAAUGGCAUCAAAAACCGAUAAAAUUGCAGUUGAUUAUUUGAGCUACAAAACAAGAUUAAUUGAUAUUGCUGAAGAAACUAGAAUAAAUUCAACGAUUCAAGAAUCUAAUGACCUUUUUUCGGGUGACCAGUUGUAUGAUGAGUCAAAAGAAUUGAAUUUUAUAUCGCAGUGCUUUUACUUAAUGUUAACUUAUUUGCACUAUGGCUUGGGUGGUGUCAUCUCCUCUUAUAAUAAGAAAACCAAAAUUAAUAAGCAAUUGAAGGGUCAACUAAAACACUUGCAAGAAAUGUUGGCGAAGUCAAAUAUGGAUUCAAAUCCGUUUGCCCAGAAAUUGGUAAGGGCAAGAAUUGAUCCAAUUGAGAAAAAAAUCAAUGAAAAUGAAAAUAGUAUCCGUUCAAUUGAUAUGUUUUUCUGCUGCAGGGAAUUUCAACUUGAAGUAUUUGACACAAUCAUUGGAGUUUGCGAAUUCCUGGUGAGAUUGAUUGAUGAGAAACACGAAUAUCAUCCGAAAAUGGGCAAUUUUUUCCCAUAUUUGAAGAUUCCUUUACACAACUUUGAUGAUGAAAUAAGCAAGCUUGAUGAUGUUGAAUUUUUGAGAAAGUUAUCACCUGUGCCGUUCAAAUACUUUCCUGAAAUCUAUGUCGAGGGGUUUGUGAAUUAUACACAUUUCAUAUCUAGAUUCACCAAUAAUCCAAUGGUUGACAAUAAGGCGAAGCUAACCAAAUUUGUUGAGUUCUCGAUUAUUGUUUUGAGGUGUCCUGAACUAAUCUCUAAUCCCCAUUUAAAGUCUAGGUUGAUUGAAGUUUUGUUUUUUGGUUCAUUGCCGUUUCAAACCAAUAUGGGAGAGCAGGAUGGAUUUAUGUUUCCUGUAUUUAACGAAGAUGAGACAGUACGCUCUAACUUGCUAAUCUCCCUAUUAGACUUCUAUGUCAUGGUUGAGAAAACUGGCGCAUCCUCGCAAUUUUAUGAUAAGUUCAACGCAAGAUAUCAUAUAUCUUUCAUAAUUGAGAAAUUAUGGAAAUUCGAUUUUUUCAAACAAGACUUACGGACGAUUGCAACUAAAUUUCAAAAGUUCUUCAUUAGAUUUGUGGCUAGAAUGCUAAAUGAUACCACAUAUUUAUUAGAUGAAUCAUUGAACCAUUUAAUCAACAUUCACAACUAUCAAAAGGAGUUGCACAGAAGAGCGAAAGGUUUCCAGCCUGAAACACCUGAUACGGAUGAAGAAUUAACCAAAAAGUUGCAAGACAGUGAAAGAAUGGCUAAAUCAUAUGUGCAGUUGAGUAACAAAACAAUCACGUUAUUUAAUCUAUUUACGAAGGAAACACCAAAAUCGUUUACUAUUGUUGAGAUCGUUGAUAGAUUGGCAGGUAUGCUAAAUUAUAAUUUAGUUGUUCUAGUUGGUCCUAGAUAUAACGAACUAAAGGUUGAAGAACCUGAGAAAUAUCAAUUUGAUCCCAAAGAACUAUUGUUACAAUUAUGUUCAAUUUUCCUCAAUUUGUCUAUUGAGCGUGAAUUUGUUGAGGCUGUUGCUAGAGAUUUAAGAUCUUUUGAACCUGAUAAUUUUAUCAAGGCUAUUAACAUUUUAAAGAAGAACUACAAAAUUCCAAAUGAAUAUUUCGAAAAACACUUACUAAAGUUUGUGGAAGAUGCUAAGAAUAUCAAAACUGCAGAUGAAGAAGAAGAACUGGAAUUAGGUGAGGUUCCUGAUGAGUUUUUGGAUCCUUUGAUGUUUACACUGAUGAAAGAUCCAGUGAGAUUACCAAGUUCCAAGAUAUCUAUGGAUAGGAGUGUCCUAAAGGCACAUUUAAUGAACGAUCCAACAGAUCCGUUCAACCGUAUGCCUUUAAAAAUGGAAGAUGUGACCGACGAUAUUGAAUUGAAAACAAAGAUAGCGCAAUGGAUUCAGGAAAAGAAGUCUCUUCCCAAAGAUACUGAUGGAGAUGUUACCAUGGAAUGA